AUGUCGAACCGUCGAUCAGGUCGUUCCUGGUACCGUCUCUCUAGCAUCGUUCGACCCACAGCAUACUCAUCACGCGACCCAUCCUCUCCCAACUACGUCAGCGAACCACCACUGUCUCCGACUGCUUCACCCUCACCUCCUCCGCCACCAAGAUCUCCACCAAAGGUAGUCCGAGAGGCUAAACCGAGUCCAGUUCUAUCGCCACGGCCGUCUAUAAACUACGAAUCACCUAAGCGAAGGCACGAACGCGAGACCACUAGUCAGAAAAUACUUAAAUUUUCAGACAAUACAAACCUCGUGCAUGGACCAAAAAAGGAACAACAACGCGAAGAUAAACCGUCCCUGGCUGCUCCACAUUCACCUCCUCCACCGCCUAGAUCUCCACCAAAUGAAGUCAGAGAGACUAAACCAAGUCCGGGUUUAUUGUCAAGGUCUAUAAAACAUGAACCACCUAAGGAACAAGAACAACAAUCCUCGUACAUGGACCAAACAAGGAACAACAACAACAACAACAACAACACGAUGAUGUCUCCGGCUGCUCAACCUUCACAUCCGCCGCCUCAGGUGAUGUCCCCGCCAUUACGUCCUCCGUCGCCAGAGGAAAUCCAAGAGGCUAAACCGACUCUGUUUACGUCGUCUCCUCCCUUAAAUCACGAACCACCUAAACCUAGGCAGGAAAGCAAGACCACUCAUCAGAAAAGCAUACUUACAUUAUCGGAGAAAACAGACAUCGUACACGGACCAAAGGAAACGUUACUUCCUGAGUCUGAUGAUGACGUCAUAAUGGGCACACAAAGCGUCAUAACUAUUUCAGGUGAAAACAAAGGAGCUGUGAUGGAGAUCCUACGGUCGCCGAACAAGACACGUGGACCAUUUUUAUUUAAUAACGACGCCAAGAAAAGUGCGGAGGAAAAGUCAAUAUCAAAGUCAAAGUCAAAGUCAAAGUCAAAGAACCAAAACAAUAAUGGUGAAAGUCGUUUCGUGAACAGUAAUGUUCAGAUCAUAAACGGCUCAGUCGUUUACAACUCGUCGGAGAUUCAUCAUGAUCCCGGCGUUCAUCUUAGCCUUUGCCGGAAACCUAGCUCCGGCAAUGGUUUUAUAAACAAGGACCAUGGAAAUGGCUACACCAGCUCAAUCAACUAA